ACUGCGGCUGCACGGACGGACGGACGGCGGGGAAUGUGUUUGAACUUUCUAAAAGUAGCCGCUACAAGAAUCCAACAAUAAAAGACAACAAUCAAAAGUCAGCAUGUUUACAAACUUCUGGUCAGGGUUGUUUACAAAUUAAGCAGCUUUGUUUGAGUUUGAUCAUAUUGACUGCUUGGUGGUGAAGUGUGGUCUCCGCUCGGGUCUGUGUGUGGAUGCGGAUAGAAUUAGAACAGAGUUUUCUCGGCUGCAUGUGAAUAUGAUAAUAUGAUUGUUGUUGUGGGUUGAUAAUUUAGUUUACUGUUAAACCAUAGACUUUUAGAACAUUACUAGAGCAAGGACCAGUGCAUAGAGCAAGGCCAAGAAAGAGUGAAACCAUGGAUAGAGGUCAGCGGCAAGGAGGCAGUCGGUGGAGCCAAAAUAAAGACGGUUUUGAUCCUGGGAAGAAUGUUCCUCAGCAUCGACAUCAACCAAACCGGACUGAGUCAGUUUCAAAUACCCCAGCAGCUUUAGAUCAGUUCUUGUCUGGAAUCUCUAUCGAGCGCAACAACCAACGAGAACCUGCUAGUGGUGGAGAUAGGUCACAGAUGGGUGCAGCUUUGGGGCAUCAUCAAGGGCCUCCGAUAGCCAGACAUUCUCUGCCUGGUGUCCCGCCUCCUGGCAUGCAGAUACCCGGUGCCAAUCCGCUUGGUGCCCUGCCUCCUGGCAGCAGGCAGAUGCCUGGAAUCAAUCCAUCCGUUGCCCCGCAACCGGGCAUCAUGGCGAGUAUGACGCCCAGUUCCUUAGUGUCUUCUUCCCAGGAAUGGGAUUCCUACCAGGGAGCAAACAAGACGCCAAACUGGCAGGUUCCUCCACCACCUUUUGCAUUCAGAAAUCAAAACCAGACACAAGAUCCCACCAUGAAUUGGCAACAUUCUGUCGCCAGUAAUGUGAGACAGAAUAAUUCAAAGAGUGGAAACAAUUCAGAGCAAAGGAAUGCUCCAACUUUUAACAGAGCAGCAGCAAAUCUUUUGCCAUCUUCAAUGGAGCAGUCCUCAUCAAGUGAACGGCCCCCUCAAGAGCAACAGAGAAUGUCAAGGGAACGACAACAUCCAUUAAGACCUGCCCAGUCUGGUCAAAAUCAAACUGAUCCACUCCAAUCCGAGACUCGACCGACCCAACAACUUCAAAGAAACUUUCACAACCAACAUCAAGUACCAAGAUUAAAUCAUCAAGACCAGCAACACAACCAACAGUAUCAACAGAAGCAAGGGCCACGCCCUCAACAACCCGAACCCCACCCACACCAGUUUGGACCCCACUUCGGAGGGGAGCCCCAUCACCGAUCCCAGCAGCCUUAUUAUCCACCUCACCAUGAGCACCAAGAACAAAAUCUACCAGGGGUUGGCGGUUUGCAUGAGCGAGAUGGACCAGAGCCAUUUAGAUCACAUCCUCCAGGACCACCCCCUCAAGGAUCCUCCCAAGCUAGACCACUACUUCCAUCAGGACCACACCCUUCAGGGCCACACCCUUCAGGAUCACAUCCUCCAGGACCACUCCCUCAAGGAUCCUCCCAAGCUAGACCACUGCAUCCAUCAGGACCACAACCUUCAGGACCACACCCUUCAGGACCACACCCUUCAGGACCACACCCUUCAGGACCACACCCAUCUCCAAGGAUGCACCAACCAUUUCACUCAAAACCUCCGAAUUUCCAACCACCACGGAUGCCUCCUCAAGAUUCGAGGCAUCAACAUAAUCCAGGAUUUGUUCCAAGGCCCUUCCCCAUCUCAAAUCAAAAUCGACUUCCGCCGCCUCCUCAGAUUGUGCCGGAGAAGUCUCAAAGAGAUAAGGACGAGGAAUGGAUGAAAGACUGGUUGAUGAAGAGGAAGAUUGGCCAACCUUUGAAAACAAAUGAAAAUACGCCCACAGCAAACACUGUCAAUGAUGGACGACAGUUGGUAGUGGACCUGAUGCAAACUCUACAACAGUUGGCCGAGCUCAAAGAAACACUGAGUCAACGCAUCAAAAGAGAUGAAUCGUCAUGGCAAUAUGAAUGCAGGAGAGUAAAUAGACAGAAGGAAAAAGUCGAAGCGUUACAGUCCAGGUUGUUUGGGUCUGAGUUCCUUGAUCUACUUCAGAAUAAAAUAAAGAAGAGGAAGAAGAAAAGGGAGAGAAUUAAGAGACAAAGGCAGCGUCAAUAUCAGAUGGAACUAGAAGUUGAGGAAAGACGAGCAAAACUUCACUCGAAGAUUGACGCCCGACUGGCCAAGGAAUUACAAACCUAUCAAGAUUCGAAAAGGGAAGCUGAACUGCAAGAGGAGAUUGACAAGACUUUAUAUGAAGUCCGUAAGAAGAAACAAGAAGCUUCCCAAACACUGGAUCUCAUCAAAGGCUUGAAGAAGCUUCGGCAGCUCAGGAAGGAUGCUGCACAGGUCAAAGGUAUUCAAACAUCUAGGGAGGCAGAUAUCGCAUUUGACCGCAAACUGAAACCACUUGAAGAACUUAUGAGCAAACAACGAGAUUUGUAUCGAGAGGAAGAAAAAACUAUGCAGGUGAUGCUUGAGGAGGAGCACGAGGAGUACAAGGAACAAGAACGGAAGAAGAUGAGGAGGAGGCAGGAGGAGAAAGCCCUCAAGGAGAUGCAGGCAAACAUGAAAGUCAUCUUCGGCAAAGAUGAGUUAGUUGGACAAGACGCCCGACUGUUUCCCUUUCAGCAAUUCUAUCACCAGGCGGAGAGUAACAUGCAUGCCUUAGUCGACAUUAGGCGCCAGUGGGACCCGUACCUAGUUCCAGACGCGGAUCCUGAAGGAUCGUCAAUACCGGUCUCAUGGGUUCUACCAUCGGAACCAAGCAGCACUGCAUGGGCAUCAGUUCUUGAUACUUAAAACGGGUAAAUUGGACAUCGUUUCCCAACAAUGGAGGUGGACUGGAUCGAGUGCCUGGUUGGGAUAGAGCCUCCACCCCACCACCAACCCCAGGAUAUUCGUGAUACAUUCCUCCAUCAUUCUCAUUCAACUGUAACAAACAACACCAUCUACAAGAACAAUUGUCACCUGCUCAGAAUGUGCCAUGAGUGGACUUUUGGAUAAAUCCAACUUUGCUAAAGGAUCUUUUUUCUUUCAAUCAAGAAAAACAAUAUUAAGACUUUUUGCUGUUAAUGAAUUUCCCCCCGUUAUCACUUUAUACAAUGUAUUGACCUUAAGCACAUGAUGUCAAUAAGUAGGGCGCCCUCAUCUCGUCUAGAGUAAAAAAAAAAAUGAAAAAGGUAGCUCAUUCUGCCCAUCAUGUGCCUCGCGCGUACAUACAGCGCGUUUCCAUUAUUUCAUCACCGUUUUAUUCCAAGAUGGCAGCCUGAUGACAUCAAUGCAUAAUGUUCAUACUUUCCAAAUCAUGAAUUAAUAAGGAAGCUUUCUUAAGUUUAGGCAAAUGUGAAGAAUUUAGUAAUAAAAAGGAGACAAUUAUUUUGAAGUUUUUACAAAUUUAGUUUAUUUGUACAUCUCUGUAUGCAAUGACCGCACCGAAUACAUCGUGUGUUUUUUUUGGGGGGGGUAUAGGGGCAAGGACUUCGACAAAAGCAUCUUGCUUAGCUGUACAUUAAAAGGUUACUACAAAAAUUGUCAUCAUAAAAAUCAUACAACAUCAAAUUAAUUUUGGUAAUAAAUAUGGUUACAAAAUAUGUAUUUACAGAUUAGUUUGAUUGUUAGUGCACUGCAAAGCAGAGUUGCAAGUUGAGAAGGUUCGAGUAUGAGGACAACUACUUCAACCUCCUUUCCAUAGGAAGUGCGUACAACUUGGCUUUAAAGUGUAUGCCAUUCAUCAUGAAUUACAGAAAGAAAUGACUGUUGGCACUUUGAAAUCAAACUGUUUAUAACUCUGCAGUGUUUGGGCCUUGUCACACGAGGCAACUUUAACAGGCAACUUGGAGGCAACCAAAUGCAGUGCAUGCUACAGGAAUACGGUGGCCAACAAGUCAUUUUACAAACGGUGUCUUACGAUCCAAGUAAACAAAAAAGGGUAACCAUUGAAAUGUGAAUGGCUUUUCUUUUUGGAGAUUGCCUGGAACUGGUUGCCUGUGAUUUGCCUCGUGUGACAUGGCCCUUGAGACAAUGAAAACACAUGGCAGAUCUUACAAAAUUUCCAGAUUAAAGUUCCCAGAUGCCAUCUUUAUGGGCAACUUGGGUUCUGGCUUCGAGCUGUCUAAAUUUUCUACCCAGCCAAGUAAUUCACCACUCAAUCAUGCAAGGAAAUCGAUAGAAUUCCUGCCAGCCACACGUGGUAUUUACGCAUAACACAUAGUUGGGCGUUCAGAAAACAACUGUCAUUGCCCGAAAAGAUGGCUGACUGUACACUGUGACGUCAAGUUGGAACUACAUGUAUAACCAGAAUAACAAACUCAAUGUUCACAUUAAUGACUUUAGCUACAGCAAAAUAUCCCAAUAAUUUAGUUUAAAAUUACCUUGCCCCUAACACAACAUUGAAAAAUACUUUCCUACAUACAAAGCCAUAUACUUUUGAAAAGUAAAACCGUUUCUUGUAAGCGCAAUGUUAGACAAGUAUAAAAAAAUAAGACACUAUUAACGCUUUCAAUUCUUCACCAAAAAUAUCACAGACUUUUGUAAUUAGAAGCACGCAAAAAAUGUACUAUGCCUUAAACACUAGAAAAACCAACUUUUUAAACUUUCGUAUCUCCUCACAAGGACAUGUUUACAUCACAGUGUGGACAUGUGUAAGUCCACAUAGUGUUCCAAGUCCCUAAAUUGUGAGGUCCCGCUCUUCGUAUGUAAUGCUUGCCCACCGUGCACCUUGCAGUGUGAUGACUGGGCAAGACUUGACCUACUUCUAAAUAACAAAAAGGUCAACGUAAAGGUCAUGUCCUGAAUUGACAUUUUCCAGUGCUUCCCAUGUUGACAUAUGAUACUGUCUACAUUUCUAAAUAUUCCACACACAUUUUUUACUGGAAAAAGUGUGUUAAAAUCAAUAAUGGCCGUGGUGAUGAUCAUACAGAAAGUGCAGAAAUGACACAACAGGUUAUCAUAUUACAGUUACACACUAAUCUUAAUCCAAACCCUGACCCUGACCCUAAGCCUAGCUUGUAGAUCACGAGGGGUAACCGGAACAUGUGGUUUUAAAAAAAAAAGUGAGUGUCAGACCUGGAGCAGUCACUUUGACUGUAAUAUGAUAAUAGUGUUGGCAUUGCACCCAUGUUUAUUAUAACACUGCAUACUCAAUGUAGUGGGGGGGGGGGGGGUCAAAAGUCUACUGUUUUUACUCCUGAUGCAAAGAUUCACAUCUUUAAAAAAGCAGGCACGAUAUUUGACCCUUCGGGAAAACUGAAAUUGGUAAAUGAUCACAAGGGCUUCCCAGCGACCAGGACUAUAGGUUUUACAUAUUUUCUUCCAGGGUAGUUCAAAACAAAACAAAACUACUGAUGGAGAGAAAAAAAGAGAAGCAGGAAAUUUGAUUAAAACAGGAAGAUGCUGGAUCAAAAUGGAAAGAUUUGACGCCUGUUUAAAAGACUUGCAUUAGUCAUGCAUUGUGAGGGUCGAAUUAAACAACUUUGACAAAAUAUAUGAUAUCGAUCUAAAAGAUAGCUUUUAGAUUUGUUUAGCAGAUUUCCAUAAUUUGUUUCAAAAUGACAAAAUUUGUGUUUAUUUUUGUUCUUCUUUUUUCUAAAACUGAAAUGUGACCCUUGUACUUUCACGAAGCAUUUUCAUUGAUUAAGGUAAAAUAGUGUACAAUUUCAAGGGGGUUCAGAACUUGCCUUUUUGUUUAAAACAAUAUUUGUACACAAGUUAGUUAACAAAUUUAACGAGAAAAAAAAAAA